AAAAAGAAAGAAAUAAGCGUAAACCUAAACGUCUAAAACCCUUCUAUUUUCCCAUCACCCUCACGUGCUUCAGCUUCUUCUUCUUCUUCUUCACGCCGGCGUCUCUUCCCUUUCAGCAAUUAAGCGUCGCCGCCGCCACUCCGCCGCUCGUGCGUGCCACGGUAUAUCUCCUGGUGGGUUGCAUUGAGUUUCUACUCUCUUGUUGUUGGCCCUGAAUCAUGGGGUUUUCAAAUAUCAGAGAUCUAUUGACAUCUUUUAGUCCAGAUUUGCACUUCUUUGCUAUCAGCUCUGGAGAUGGUCGGAUUAAGAUUUGGGACACGUUGAAGGGGCAGAUACAGACUGAGUUUGCAGACUUCUUUACAUCUGAUUCAACAAGCAUACUCACGAAACCAGAAAAAGGGCAUCUAUCAAUUGAUUAUAAAUGCAUGAAGUGGUUGUCAUUGGAGAAAAAGAGAAAAAGAAAGCGCCAAUGUUUGCUAUUGUUGUUAGGAACCGGUAGUGGUGAUGUUCUAGCCCUUGAUGUAGCGGCUGGUGAAUUGAAGUGGAAAAUAAGUGACUGUCAUCCUGGGGGUGUUGCAUCGAUUUCGUUUCCUACACAUGGUUCAUGCAUUUAUACUGCUGGUGCUGAUGGAAUGCUAUGCGAAAUCAAUUCUUUGACGGGAAACAUGUUAAGGAAGUUCAAGGCUUCUACAAAGGCAAUAUCCUGUAUUUCAGUUUCACCAGAUGGGAAGAUAAUUGCAACUGCAGCUUCCCAAAUGAAGAUCUUCAACUGCUCCAAUCACAAAAAGAUACAAAAGUUUUCUGGGCAUCCUGGAGCCGUUCGAUGUAUGGUUUUUACCGAAGAUGGAAGGUACAUCCUUUCAUCUGCAGUUGGUGAAAGGUAUAUUGUUGUUUGGAGUGUAGAUGGAGGGAAAAAACAAUCAGCUAGUUGUGUUCUUGCAAUGGAGCAUCCUGCCAUCUUUGUGGACAGCAGGCGUUCGAAUGAUGGAGGUGAUGAAUCUGCUCUAUACGUUUUAGCCAUAUCAGAAAUCGGUGUUUGUUAUUUAUGGUAUGGACAGAAUCUUGAGGAGUUACGAAGUGCGAAGCCUACUAAAGUAUUGAUAUCUGAUAAUGAUAUUUUCUCAAAGAGUAAAAAACGGGCUACUCCUGCAAUUUAUGCUGCAAAAUUACAAGGAGUUCCCAAGUCUGGGUCAGGGCAGGUGUUCCUUGCUCAUGGAUUGCUAGUGAAGCCUUCAUUUCAGAACGUUUUGGUGCAAUCCGGAACUGACAUAUAUUUAAACAGCUCCAAUGAAGGAAUUCUUCUACCAAGUCAGUCGAUUGGAAAAUCUAAGAAGGGUUUAGAUGUACAGGGUGGAGUCGUUGCAUUAGAUCGAGCUAAUGCUGAAGAUGCUUUACGGCCAAUUCCAAAGGUUUUCGAUUCUCAAGAGAAAAGUACCUUAUAUCAAGAUUUGCAAGUUGACCGCAAUGAUGUGAUGACUCAAUUGGUUGACAGUGGGAGCCGAUUAGAAGAUGAUGUCGGAGUGAAGGACUCUGCAGCAGUUUGCAUGGAGGACCAACUUCGGUCGUUAGGCAUACUCCAUAGUACAGAUGAUCAUAUGUUGGAGUCCAUUCUUAAGUUGGCAAAAUCCAAGGGCAUUGAUCUCGAAGCUAACAUGUCACAGAAAAAGUUAAGAGAAGCAGUUUUAUCAUUAGCACCAGGCGAUGCAUACAAGUUACUCGGAAACUUGGUUAACAUCUGGCAAUCAAGGUUGCAUUGCGGAAAGAAUGUUCUACAAUGGAUAUAUAGUUUAUUGUUGAAUCACAGUCAACAUAUCUUGUCUCAAGAACAAUCAGCCCAGAUGCUCGAUUCUUUAUUUAAGAUUACCAAGUCCAAAGAGACUGCGGUUCAGCCUCUUCUUCAAUUAUCAGGUCGUUUGCAGUUGGUGUUGGCACAAAUUGAAAGGGCAUCGACCAACAAAACCGAUCAAACGAUUCAAGACGGUCUUGAAAUAGCUGGAAGUGAGAGCAGCGAUGACAACGAUGAAGAGGAAGACGAAGAAGUUGAUGAUGUUCUUUAUGGGGAAGAAGAAAAUGAAUCCGAAUUAAGUAGUGAUGAUGAGAAUUAGAUUCUUUUUAUCAUGUUGUAAUUGUAAUGAUCAAUUUUGGGAAAUCAAAUAGGCUUUAAUCAUAUACUUUGUAACAAUUGAUGAUGAAUUUUGGCAAUGUGAAAAAAUUUUGACCUGUGG